AUGCUCGAGACAAAAAGAAAGAUACAGGCCGAAAUCAAGGCUCUUAAGGAUCAGCUAUCCAAAAUCGAGAGAAAGAAACGGAUAGCUGCAAUCUCCAGGGUUGGUAACUUCCACAGGAAGUCCCUCUUGGUUGAUGAUGGUUCAUUAAAAGCAGCCCUGUCAGUCACGGUGGAUACUCAUGGAGCCGAGAUCCUUAACGACCCUCCAGUUGCCACCGCAAUUUGCCCUUCCGAACCAGGGUGUGAGGGAGAAAUAACCUCUUCUCCUUGUAUAAAGAGGAAGGCUCCAGAUUCCGAUAAUCUAUCAAACGAGAGACUUAAAACCGUGAGAUUAAGUUCUCCGCCACGAGUCUCUAGCUCUCUAUGUUCUGUUUCUCCCUCUUCAGAACCUUUAAACUCCAAGCUCCCUCUUCCGGGAGACAGAGUAAUUUUAGAGGAGAUAGAUGAACCGAGACCGGAGGCUCCCCUAUCUCAAGGACUGAGUGUUAGGACUCAAAAUCCUUUACCCGCUUCGAUUUCAGGCGGAGAAGACAUUGGAGACAUCUUCCGAAGUUUCCAAACCAGGGAAGGGGCGUCGCUUCCUCCUUUUUCGGUUUGGAGGCCGGAAAUCCGUCAGAUGUUCGCCAAUCGAGCUUGCUACCUAUCCCAGCCGUUUAUGGAGACUAAUGGAAUGAUCUUCCAUUAUGAGAACCUUCUUCAUCAAGCGAAGAGAGAGACCGCAAAGGCUAAGAAGGAGGUUGAUGAACUUAGAUCAGCCAACCAAUCUGAGCGACUUGAGCGGGAAAAAGCACUCGAGUCAUCUUUUGAAAAUAUGAAGAAAACUCUAGCAGCUAACGAGCAACACAUCAGAAUUGCGAAUGCUGAAAGAGAUUCUGCGAGGUCCAAUGCUCUUCGCUUGGAGGCUGAGCUAGAGGAGAAUACGGCUUUGUUCGAAGAAGCAAAUCAAGAGAUCGAGCUUUUAACCAGGAACAGGGCUCGCGAUAUUGCUGAAGCCGAACAUAAUGCUCGAGAAGAGAUGAGGGGAUUCGAUCGAGCCGAACUGAAGAGCAAUCUAGACCUGAUUAAGGAACUAGAGGCUGGAAGAGUUUCGUUCGAGAACGAGAGGAGCGAAGUUGCUGCUGAACUCGCUAUGGUUGAGUCCGAGUUAUCCUCGGCUUCCCGUCCUACUCUCGAUCUGAAACAAUUUUCUUUGGUAUUUGGAGAUUCCCCAUCUCAAUUCGAGGUAGGGGAAGGUUCUCCAGAGGUGUAG